AGUGCCUUAAUAAACCCUAUAUAAAGGGGUACAUAACCCUAGCACAAACUACCUCACAACACCAAACAAUAAUAAUAAUAAUUUUUCUUUCUUGUCUUGGCGAUCUUCUUUUAUUCAACCUUUCUCUCUCUAACAUUGAAAAAGAGGGGAAAGAAAGAAUAAGAGGGUCAUUCUCUUCUUUUUCUUAUAUAUAAUAUUUUCUCGGGAAACAAACAGUAGCUCUAUUACUCAACAUGGGUAAUUGUGGAAGUUUUCCAAAGACAAAGGGAGAUGAAGCCGAUGCCCCCGUUCCGGCACCGGAGUUACACAAGGAAGAUUUGUUGAAGAUAGACAAUGAUAAUGAUCAAGAAAAGGUUACAAAGGUAGAAGAAGAAGAAGAAGAGAAAACUAUUACUACUGAUGAUAACUUCAAUGCUGAGAAGAAGGACAAUUCUGAGAAUGGCGAUGGAGAUGAUAAUCAGACUAAUAAGCCUGCUCUUGAUGAUGAGAAAAAUCCUCAAUCUUUUCAGGCUUCAUUUGAUGAUGAGAGAGAGAAAGAUGAAAAGGGAGCUGAUCAUGUUGAUGUAAGUGAGAAGAAAGUAGAAAUUGAAGUAUCAUCAGAAGAAAAAGAAGAGAAAUAUAAUGUUGAGGAAGUGAAGGUGGAUGAGGAAAAGACUAAUAACAACAACAAAGCAAUUGAGCCUGCCUCACCAGUAGCUGAUGUACCAGCUGCAACUAUCAAAUAAUAAUAUCAUAACCAUUGCAUGAAGGAGAUCUCAACAAAAAAUGAAAAUCAAACAAAGAUGAAAAUUAAUAUUUAUUUUUAAUUCCAGCUUUCUCUGUUGUGGGAAUCAGUAUAAUUAUUGAAUAGGUUCUUCUCUUAAAAUUGUUUAUUUUCAAGACAUAUAUGGCUCCAUUCCAUUGGUUUGGUUGUGGAUAUCAAUUGAUUUCGGGUUCAUUUUUCUAUUGAUUGGUCACACAAUGUUAUAUUGUUUAAUUUAUUUAAUUUGAUAUUGUUUCCAA